AUGGUGACGGUGGCCGAGGUGGGCCGCCGAUCUGAAAAGAGCGGCGGGAGCUGUUCCACUUCCUUCGAGUUUCUCGGGGAGCUGCUGCUCGCUUCCCCAGGGACCUGGUUGGGAAGGGCUCCUAGGCGUCCAGAUACCCCCGCAAAGGUGGUUCGGCGCCCGGGCGCCCCUCGUCCGGCCGUGCGGGGACCAUGCCGCUCGUGCCCCAGCGGGCCCCCGAGCAGAGCGAUUGCGGCCUGGUGGCCAGCCUCGACAACGUCAGGAACCUCUCCACCGUCCUGAAGGCCAUUCAUUUCCGGGAGCAUGCCACGUGUUUCGCUACCAAAAAUGGAAUCAAGGUGACCGUGGAAAACGCCAAGUGUGUGCAAGCGAAUGCCUUUAUUCAGGCUGGAAUAUUUCAAGAGUUUAAAGUUCAGGAGGAACCUGUUACUUUUCGAAUUAAUUUAACUGUCCUCUUAGACUGUUUAUCUAUUUUUGGAUCAAAUCCUGUGCCAGGGAAUUUAACUGCACUUCGAAUGUGUUACGAAGGUUAUGGUUACCCUUUGAUGCUGUUUCUGGAAGAAGGAGGAGUGGUGACCGUCUGUAAAAUCAGUACUCAGGAGCCUGAGGAAACCUUGGAUUUUGAUUUCUGCAGCACCAACGUUGUUAAUAAAAUUAUUCUGCAGUCUGAGGGGCUUCGCGAAGCAUUUUCCGAAUUGGAUAUGACAAGUGAGGUCCUACAGAUCACCAUGUCUCCUGAGAAGCCUUAUUUCAGGUUAUCCACUUUCGGGAAUGCAGGGAGCUCCCACCUUGACUAUCCCAAAGACUCUGAUCUGAUGGAAUCAUUUCAUUGUAAUGAGACCCAGGUCAACAGAUACAAGAUUUCUCUACUGAAACCGUCUACAAAGGCGUUAGUCCUGUCUUGUAAGGUGUCUAUUCGGACAGAUAACCGAGGAUUCCUCUCACUACAGUAUAUGAUUAGAAAUGAAGACGGACAAAUAUGUUUUGUGGAAUAUUACUGCUGCCCUGACGAAGAAGUUCCCGAAGCUGAAUCUUAAGUAUGGCAAUACACUGUGACAUCUAUCAGGACAUUCAUGACAGGUCAUGUUCUCAUGCUUCAUGAUUUCGUACUGGAUUUCCAAAGGGAAGAAGCAUGGAAGAGACAGGAGCGCGGUCCCUUACCCUCAAGCCACUGUGUGUGGUCACGUCACAGGUUAUCCAGUUCCGGACCAUCCGGCGGUUCGGGCUUUGAACUCAUGGGAAUUAUUAUGAGCCAAGAUGAAUAAAUUAUAUAUGUAUUCUAUUUAAGUAGGACAUUUCAAAAGUCUGAAAAUUUAAAAUUUGAUGGGGCUGUAUAUGAAAUGUUCUUUUAUUUAUUUACUGUUAGAAAAAUGAAAGGCAUAUGGGCCUUGCUUAUUAGUUUGAAUUCUGGAAAAUACAUCUUUUUUAAAAAAAGAUUUUAUUUAUGUAUUUUUGGAGAGGGGCGGAAGGGGAAGGAGAGGGAGAGAAACAUUGAUCAGUUGCCUCUUGUACUCACCUCGACUGGGGACAAAUCCACAGUCCAGGCAGGUGCCCUGACCAGGGAUAGAACCAGUGACCUUUCCCUUUGCCAACCAACCAAGCACAUCGGUCAGGCCUUCCUUUUGUUGAAUUAGGGAAUAUACAUUUUAUUUCUUUUUUUUAAAAUGAGGCUUUUUUUAUUGAGAUAUAAUUGACAUACAGCAUUAUAUUAGUUUCAAGUGUACCACAUGAUUCAAGAGAGAAUAUAUCUUAAAGUGGUGAUUCUUGAGGUGCUGUGCCCAGUCCAACACCAUCAGCCUCCCCUAGAAACUUGUCAGAGGUUCUGCAUGUGGGCCAGCGAUCUGUCGUUUAAAAAGCCCCAUCUCACCCCUGGAGAUUCUGAUUUAUGCCCAGGUUAGAAAACCACUGAGUUAAAGGAUACUUUAAAAAAAAAAAAAAAAAGGCAUUUAAUUGCGUUGAAGUGAUUGAUUUUCUAUAUGAUUUCUUCACAAAGUUCUGAAGCUUAGGGAUCACCAAACAAUUUUGAAUAAUUACAUGAUUUUAAAAUGUUUUGAAGAACUCUAUGAACAAGAUAUAAAAGUCUUCAGAGUUACAGGUUUUCUUCUUGCUCUCAAAACUGUUCAGUGCAGUAAGUACUUAUUAGAUACUUUAUGUUUUCCUAUAAAUUUCUCAACCACACUAAGGGGUAGAAAGCCAGUUACGAAGUUAUUUUUGCAUUUUGUGGGUAAUUUGGAAUGAACUAAUGUGGCAUGUAGAUAAUUCAAUAAUAUAAUACUAAAAUUAUCUGGCUUGUUUUCUAGUAGAAAAAUAUAUAUACCUAAAAUAAAGUUUCUGGCUCUGGCUGGUGUGGCUUGGUUGGAGCAUCGUCCCGUACACCAACGGGUUGGGGGUUCAGUUCCCAGUCAGGGAACAUACCUAUGUUGUGGGUUGGGGUGCAUAUCGGAGGCAGCCAAUUGAUGUUUCUCUCUCCCUCUGUC